UUAUUUUUCACUGUGACAAUGCAUGAUUACAUUUGCAACUAAAACAUUGGUGCUCACACUAAUCUAUACAAGGCAUCUUUUUUUUGGUCGAAACGACAACAAACUCGAACUCUACACUCCGAUUUUGACCAUAAAACGCAGACAAAAAAAUUUCUUGUAAUCGAAGGCACCGCAUAAACACUGAAGUUGCUUCACCACCAAUCAAUCCCUCCCAUUUCUGCCUCCACAGCACCAAACCCUAACCUCUAUCGCCAUUCCGAAAUUGGUCGUGAAGCUCUCGCUCUCACCGCACCCUCAAUGAAAACACCAGCAACACCCGCAACGACUACGGCUCUUGCUCCUGGCUUUCGAUUUCACCCCACGGACGAGGAGCUCGUCAGCUAUUACUUGAAACGCAAGGUCUGUAACAAGCCUGUUCGCUUCAACGCCAUUGGCGAGUGUGAUAUUUACAAGCACGAGCCUUGCGACCUUGCAGUUUAUUCAAGGUUGAAGACGAGGGACCAAGAGUGGUACUUUUUCAGUGCAUUGGAUAAGAAAUACGGAAAUGGGGCGAGAAUGAACCGGGCCACAGGGAAAGGAUACUGGAAAGCAACUGGGAAGGAUCGUGAAAUUCGUCGUGAUAAGCAGCCUAUUGGAAUGAAGAAGACUCUUGUAUUCCAUAGUGGGCGUGCCCCUGACGGGCAGCGGACUAACUGGGUUAUGCAUGAAUACCGCCUUGUUGAGGAUGAAUUUCGGGCUGCACAGGAUUCGUAUGUUUUGUGUAGAAUAUUUCUUAAGAACAAUAUAGGGCCACCGAGUGCAAAUCGUUAUGCACCUUUUAUGGAGGAGGAAUGGGAUGAUGGCAAGGCAGCUAUGCCAGGAGAAGAUGUUAGAGAUGAUUUUGUGGCAGUUGAUUAUGCAUGUGAUGAAAGGAAUGAUGUUGAACCAAUGCAUGUUGAGCAGGUCUCUCAACCUAACAAUAAGGAACCUAUUAAUGUUAAUGAACUUCCAAAAGAGGCUCAAAAUGUUUUAGCAGUGUGCAAGAGUGAAAGGAGAGAUGAAUGUCUUUCACUGUGUGUGCUUAAUACACAGGCAGCUCUUCCUCUUCUUCAAUACAAAAGAAGGCGGCAGAAUGAUUCAGGUUCUAACGGAUCUAAUGGUUCAGAUAAUUCAACCGGGACGGAACAUGACCACCCUUCCUCGUCUACCACAACGACAGCAGAAACAGCACUGACAAAUGCAGCCACAACAACAGCAAUAUCUGCGUUGCUGGAAUUCUCCCUGAUGGAGGCUAUCGAACCACCGAAAGAGAAUCCAUCUGCUCUCAGAACUACAUUUGGGGCUGAUGGUUUUGACUCAUCAGUGCCCCCUAGUUGUGUUAAACUCAUCAAAGAAUUGCAGAAACAGGUGCAUAAAACCGCUGUCGAGAGGGAGACACUAAAACUAGAAAUGAUGAGUGCUCAGGCCAUGAUUAACAUUCUUCAGUCGCGAAUAGAUUACUUGAGUAAGGAAAAUGAGGACUUGAAGAGGGGUUUGAGGGGCAGGAAAAACGCCUAGCGAUCGGCCUUGAAUGCCACUGUAAUCUUAUUGUUGUUUGUUGAAUCAAAUUUUAAUGGCCCCUAUUUCUCUCCAAUCAGUGUAUUGGAGAGAAUGUUCGUAAAUUUAGGCUGCCGUGUUGUAUUAAGUUUAUCAAACUGCUGGAGAUCGUCCAUCAGUGUUAGCUGAACUUAAAACUGAGACCUCGUGAAGUCUGUAUUCAGCUGCAACUCUUAUCACCAAUGAAUCUGUCGACAAUUCCAUCUGUUGGAACAUUACC